CCUGGCCGUCUGAUCCAUGUUCAAAAUGGCAAGUGCGAAUCCAGAGCAACCUGAAGAGAUUAACAUCCAACAAAGAAAGAAUCCACGUGGAAUAUGGGAGAACUUCAUCACAGGGCAGCAUGUGAGUUUAGAGAGACUGAGAGAGCGAAUGCAGAUGGUGAAGUACUUAAUGAGGGAGAUCCCACCUUACCCAACUCCAGUUGAAUUUUGGGUUUCAGAUGUAGCCCAUGUUACUGCAGAGACAGGAUUCAGGGGGAUAAUGGAGUCUGAGCAGUUCAGACCUCCUAAUAGUGAGUUCUCAUGGUGGUACUUAAAAAUUAAAGAAGAGGAGAUAAGAGCAGCAGAGACAGGCUACAUGAAGACUAAUUUUCUAAAACAAGCACUAGAGCUGAAGGAACAGAAGCCGUUCCUAGAGAAGUUCACCACAUCACCUCUCUUUCAACUAGAGAAAUCCCGCUACGGCAAUUAUCGCUUCACGUUUCCGCUCACUGAUCUGAUGAAGUGGUACAAAGAACAGAACUGUCGAGGAGAAGAGCCGGUUCUCAGGGUGUACGAGACCAUCACCUACAGACAGGAGAUUGUGUACACUGUGCUGAUUCACAGUCCUGAGGAUAACGAGCGUUUUGGAGAAUAUCCACUUCUUGAAGCGAGUGAGUGGGUUCGUUAUCAGGAUGGGAAGAUCAUCUGGAAAGCACAAGCCAUUUGUGGAACCCACUGGUAUGACUUUGUUUCAGGAGAAGUGCAAAUGCUGGAUACUCAUGAAUUUUAUGUCUGGGAUCAGGUUAGUUUAGUCUUUCACCUACCAAAAGCUAAAGCCCUGAAAAUCCCCACAGAACGACUUAUAGAAGCUCUCGAGGCCUGUGAACUUGAUGAGAUAAUAGAUCUCUCAGGGUACAAAGGUCCAAAAAACAAAGAGGAAUGCUACAUGGAAGCAAAGGAGGAAGUGAUGCAAUUGAAAAGAGGGUUGAACAAGAUGGAGAAAGAAGAAAAGGAUGAAGAUCAAGAGGAUGAGGAUGAAGAUGAAGCAAAACUGAAAAAUACUGAUGACUUAUUUUAACGUAUUUUAAUUUAGAGUGUAACUUCUAGAAAUUGUGAAACUAUUAAACUAUUUUGAUGUUUCUACUGUAACCAUUGUAAUUCUUAAAAAAUAGAAUCUCAUGAGUUUUAAUUUCUCUGAUUGUUAAUCUUGAUGUAAUCUUACAUUUUUUAAGGAAGAUGUGAUCUUUGUUAAAGAACAAUAAAAAGUCAUUUAACCUCCUGA